AAGUAAACAAUAAACGCAACCAAACAAACGAUAUAAAACCCCUUAAAACCCUUCUAAUCUUACGCUCACAGGUGUAGAGCAAGAGGUCUUCAUCAUGUGGGGAGUUUUGGAAUUUAUACACAAGCAUACACACCUUCUGUUAUGCCUUUUGGUAUUUAUUGCGACACUUACAGCUGUGGGCAACUUCCAAGUAUUUGUAUCGAAGCAAUCGUUGAGCUACUGGGAUCCCGCUUUUCUUUUCAGAGAGCUCAGUGAUAUGGCGAUUUCUGUUGGAUUCAUUGCUACUGCUCCUCUUUAUUGGUCAACACAGUUUUAUGUCUACUCGGUGGUUUAAAGACAAGCUGGCUUCUUGGUUAUACAUCACAGUAUCUGAGAGGAUGAUAUAUGUGGCAGCAACAUGUGCCUGUCUUUUGUUCACUGUCCUUCAGUGGCAGUCUAUCCCAGAGACCUACCUGUGGUUUGUGGACACGAGAGAGAGGUUCCUGCUGUGGACGUUCUUCUUCCUAUGCCAUGUCGUCUGCUGGUUCUUGCUGGGUCUGGAGAUUCUCCUCAUGGACUGUUCCGAGAUGCUGGGCAUUAGCCAGGUGUACAGAUAUCACAGCUCUUUGAGCCCUCCUCUUGCACAAAAAGCCAGAAAGCUGAGAGAGAUCUACUCUCGUAUGCGUCACCCCGGCUCUCUUUUGCUUACUCUGAUGCUGUGGCUUCACCCUCUGAUGACACUCGAUCGGCUGCUUCUGGCUUCCGUGCUGACCACCUACAUGAUUGGCCGACACAGUUUUGAGGAAUCUCAUUACGAAUUUGCGGAGAAAUAUUUUACUGUAGAGCAGGUGGAGCGGAAGUCAUCCUCAUCCGUGCGCUACGAGUACGUUAGAGAAAAUUAGGUUUCCAUAUAUAGAGCUCUACUUUUGUAAAGCAGUGUGAAUCUCUAUAUCCAGUGUACUAGACAUCUAUGCAAGUUGUACUUUAGAGAAAGUUCCUAAAAGUAUGAUACAAUGGUACGGGUUCGUACAAAAUGGUUGACCACACGUAAGCUUAAAAGAGCUUUAUCGUGUAUAAAUCUUUACUACCGUUUUAUGUGUAUGUAUUUUUCUUUAAUUUUGUCUUUAAGUUUAAGAGAGGAAUGAAAUCUCUUUUUUUUAUGUAAUUAUAUUUUUCUCUUUUAGUAUUUCUUUCAAUACAUCAUAGUAGCACCACUAACAGAAUCUGUGAAUGAUGAUAAUGAAGAGUCCCAAUCUGUACAGACAUGAGUUUUGUUGUAAUUGUAUGAUAAAGUAUGUCAAUUGAAAUAAUGUCUUGGACUUCACAUUAGAAUAAGUGAUUAUAUAACAGUAAGGAAUCGUGGUGAAACCGGGCGCUCAUCAAAAUAAUGAAUCAGAUAGAUUGACAUUUUUCUGCCUGUUUGGCAAUUUUCAUUGAAUUUUCUUUUUUGGGUUCAACACUUUUUAUGUCCUUUUAAAAACACUUUUCUGUGUCAAAUCUACUGAAAAACUGUAAUCAAGGGCACUAAAAAUGUAAGUUUGCAGUUUCCAAGGACAAUAAAGCUUUAAAAGUGUUCAAACUCUGGCGGCCAUUUUCUCAUUAAAUGUUUCCGCACGUAUCGCCGAUAUAUCGGCACAGGUCCACACCCCUUGCGGACAUUAUCACCGAUACAUCGGCUGUAAUGGGGUGCCUCAGUAUUGUUUCGUUUUAACACGAUCUGUCAUUUAUAAUUACUUUUUAUUGUCAUUGAAAAACUCGGAAAGGAUUUAUGAAACGAAAACAUCUUGUCAAAGCGUUGGUUUUGGGAAAAACGAGUGAAUUAGUUCUUGCGGUCUUGCAUCAACAAAA